AUGUGGGCCGCACGUAUUUUAAAAAUCGUUUUUUGAAAUGUCACAAUGAUUUUCAUUUAGUUCAUGAUAUUGUAGCAUAACAAAUUUUUUGAUUUAAUGAUACAGUAACCCGUAGGGUUACUGUAUCAUCAUUAAGGCAACUUUUCGUUGCCUUCGAAAAAGCAACGAAAAACGGAUCCGAGCGAGUGGGACACAGCUUUUUUGGAGGUGGACGCCGCAACUUUGUUCGACAUUAUUGCUGCCGCCAACUACUUGGACAUUGAGCCGUUGCUGGAGUUGGGAUGCAAGCAAGUUGCGAACACGCUACGCGGCAAAACAGCCGAACAAAUCCGCGCCAUGUGGGGAAUCAACGAGACCUUCGGGCCGAAGGAGGAAAAACAAUGCCGCAUCGAAAUGGGCUUCACCGACGAGGAAGACGAAGGUGUUGAAUGA